ACAGAUGGCGCUUUACAAUAAAGAAUCAUUUAGGUACAAGAUGGCGACGGAGUAAGGUAUGUUUGAAAGUUGGGAAUAUUUCAUUCGUUUUUAAUAUAAAAAAUUAAAAUAUGGAUCAAGAAAAUAUAAAAUUCGAACGGAGAGCUAAUAAGAGAAUAUCCGAAGCAAAAUUAAAAGCGAGGCCAGAGCUCAGUGAAAAAGAUUGUGAUGGCUGGAUUAAGUUAAACCAUGCCGAAACAUUUGAUAUGAAUCCAUCAAAAGUGAGAGAUAAUGUUGAAAGGAUUGACGUAAAGGAUGUGUCUCCAGAUCAGUUUGUUGAACAUUAUGAAAAACUCUAUCAACCAGUUGUUAUUAAAGGAUGCACAGAUCAUUGGAAAGCUCAUUACAAAUGGACAAUGCCUAGGCUAGCUAGAAAAUAUCGCAACCAGAAAUUCAAAUGCGGAGAAGAUAAUGAAGGUUAUAGUGUAAAAUUGAAGAUGAAAUAUUUUGUUUAUUAUAUGGAACAUAACAGAGAUGAUAGUCCCUUAUAUAUAUUUGAUAGUAGUUUUGGAGAACAUGUUCGUAGAAAAAAAUUAUUAGAAGAUUAUGAAGUACCCAUUUAUUUUCGUGAUGAUUUAUUUAAAUAUGCUGGCGAAGACAAAAGACCUCCAUAUAGAUGGUUUGUUAUGGGGUCAGCUCGAUCUGGAACAGGUAUUCACAUAGAUCCUCUUGGUACAAGUGCCUGGAAUGCUCUUAUUCAUGGUCAUAAAAGAUGGUGCCUUUUUCCUACUCAUACACCUCGUGAAUUGAUCAAAGUGCAUCCUGAAGAAGGAGGAAAACAAGGAGAUGAAGCAAUCACAUGGUUUAAACAUAUAUAUCCUCGUACACUGCAACCAUCUUGGCCUCAAGAUUGCAAACCUCUAGAAAUACUGCAAAAGCCUGGAGAAACAGUAUUUGUUCCAGGUGGUUGGUGGCAUGUUGUUUUAAAUAUGGAUAACACCAUAGCAGUUACACAAAAUUUUUGUAGUCUCACAAAUUUUCCUAUUGUUUGGCAUAAGACGGUGAGGGGAAGACCAAAAUUAUCAAGAAAAUGGUAUCGUGUAUUAAAGGUAAAAUAUUCAAUUAUAAAAUAUCAUAUAUGUAAAAUGAGGAGAUCAUCAAGUAAAGAAGACAACGAAAGAAAUAGAAGAGCUCAUAGAUAG